GGUUAGCAAGCACGUGUGCGUGCAAGCCUGCUGCUGGCCCGUUUUUAUAAUACGUACAGUAAAUGAGCUUAGCAAUGCGCAUCUUUUCUUUAUUCCAACUGCCAUGGCAUUUUUAGAUUAAAUCUCAUUUAACGCAAAUCUCUCUUCGGCAAAAAGAAAGAAAGGAAAGUACUUUUGUCCCACAACAAAAGCAGGUCACACUGCGCAUCAGUUGUUGUUACGUUGGUAUCAAUUACAAGCUGAUGUGUUUGCAUAGGACUGAUGACGCAGUAUGCCCAAACGCACGUUGCUGGUAUUUAUUUGACACUCCAGCGUGUUAGCUCGAAUGGCAAACGAUGGAUCUGACAGCACACAGAUUUUCUUGUAUGACAGAUACAUCAGUCAAUUCGAGGGAAAUAAAAUCAUGGAGAAUCAUCUGAAAACAAGUGAGCAUUUUUAUUCAUGCAAGGUUAAAUGGUUGGUAGACGAUUGAUAUUUUGUCCAAAUGAUGACAUUUUGACAAUGGAAUUUGGCAACCUUUCAAUAAAACACUUCAGCUGUCAUUUUAUGAACUAGAAUAAAUUGAAUAGACUACAAUAAAAUCGAUUGGAGAAGAAAAAAUAAAGACUACAACUAGAAUAGAAUAAUUAAAAAACAACAACAACAAGCUAUAAGAACACACAAAAAAAGGAAAUUAAAUUCAUUUGAACUGCUAGUGCUAAAAAAUAUUGCCAUUGUGCAUGUUUAACUGUCAGCGGCGCUGGUUUUGUUUUUGCGCACUUUUUCAUCUCUGCCGUACGGCCAUGGGGAGUUUUGCUAGCUUUGGCCCGCUGCUGGCCCGCCGCUGACGUAAACGGUAGCUUAGACAACGCCCGAGCGACAAUGCCCAGGUGCGCUGUCGGUCGGUGUCCCUCGCUGUUGACGAAAAGCAAAACAAACACGGGCCCAAUGACGUCACUGAUCGGGAUGAGAAGGGAUCUUGGGGAAGGAGCAGCCACUGGAGGUUCUCAAGACGUCGGCGCUCAACCACAUCCCAACAGUGGACAUCAAUUCAGCACUACCGCUGCGCCUCCCGCCUGCCGCCAUCCCCAUGGACCUGCGUGUGGAGCAGCAGCAGCGGCAGCGGCAGCAGCGGCAGCAGCAGCAGCAGCAGCAGCAGCAGCAGCAGCAUCAGCAGCAGCAGCAUCAGCAGCAGGUGUCCCCUCUGUCGCCACAGGCCGGCGGGGGCGUGGCCUCGGCCCCUGUCCGCGAGCAACAGCUGCAACAGGAGCUGCUUAGCCUGAAACAGAAGCAGCAAAUCCAGAGGCAGAUCCUCAUCGCCGAGUUCCAAAGGCAGCACGAGCAGCUUUCCCGGCAACACGAGGCUCAGCUCCAGGAGCACAUCAAGCAACAACAGGAGCUGUUGGCAAUCAAGCACCAACAGGAGCUGCUGGAGCACCAGAGGAAAAUGGAAAAUCAUCGUCUGGAGCAAGAGCUGGAGAAGCAGCAGCGUGAGCAGAAGCUGCAGCUGCUGAAGAACAAGGAAAGGGGGCAGGAGAGUGCCGUGGCGAGUACGGAGGUCAAGAUGCGUCUCCAGGAAUUUGUCCUCAACAAAAAAAAGGCCCUGGCUCAGCGGAGCCUCAACCAGGGUGGGAGCCUCAACCAGGGUGGCCCCCUCAGCGAUGCUCCCUAUUGGUACAGAAAAACUCAGCACAGCUCUCUUGACCAGAGCUCACCUCCACAGACUGUUAUGUCCACCUAUAAUCAUCCCGUGCUGGGCGUCUACAAUCCACGGGAUGACUUUCCACUUCGGAAAACAGCCUCCGAACCCAACUUGAAGCUGCGCUCCAGGCUGAAGCAGAAGGUCAGCGAGCGGAGGAGCAGUCCGCUCCUCCGUCGUCGAGACAGCCCCAUGGCCUCUGCAAAAAAACGCUCUCUCGACAUGGCAGAUUCGGCAUGCAGCAGUGCCCCGGGCUCGGGCCCGAGCUCCCCGAACAACAGUUCCAACAACAUCCCCAAUGAAAACGGCAUCAGCGCGUCAGUCGCCAACAGCAAAGAGGCGCCCAUGAGCCAGAGGGUGUGCAGUGGUGCCGAGCGAGGCUCCAUUAGCCAACUAUCACUCUACACUUCGCCCUCCUUACCAAACAUCACCCUGGGCUUGCCCGCCACUGCUACCGCCACCGCCGCAUCCAAUGUGACGUCUGCUCAACAAGAUGGCAGUUUGCAGCCAGCGCUCUCCCUCAGCCCGCCGUUCCUCUCAGGUGGCCACUUGACACCCUACUUGGCUGAAGCGGCAGCAGGGACAGGCGGCCACAGUCCGCUGCUGCAACACAUGGUACUGAUGGACCAGACUCCUGCACAGAGCCCCCUGGUGACAGGUGUGAGCGGCUUGUCCAUGUCGCCGGCAGCCUCCAUGGCCAAGCUGCAGCGCCAGCAUCGACCUCUGGGUCGCACCCAGUCGGCGCCGCUGCCUCAAGGGAGCGCCGCUCAAGCCCAUGCCCAGGCGCUGGCGCUACAGCAGCUGGUGGUCCAGCAGCAGCACCAACAGUUCCUGGAGAAGCACAAGCAGCAGCAGCAGCAGCAACAGCAGCAACAGCAGCAACAGCUUCACUUCAACAAAUUGAUAGCCAAGCCCGGCGAGUCGCCCGUGGGCCGCCAGCACCAGAGCCACCCGGAGGAAACGGAGGAGGAGCUGAGAGAGCACCAAGAUGUCGGCGCGCUACCGCUGGGGAUCACCAUCAAGCAGGAGCCUCCCGAGCAGCUGGAGCUCCAGGAGGAAGCAGCCUUGCACCAGCACCGGGAGAGGCAGGCGGAGCAGGAGCUUCUCUUCAGACAGCAGGCCUUGUUGUUGGAGCAGCAGCGCAUUCACCAGCUGAGAAACUAUCAGGCUUCCAUGGAAGCUGCCGGACUGUCUAUCUCCUUCCCAGGCCACCGUCCUCUAUCGAGGGCUCAGUCGUCCCCAGCUUCAGCCUCCCCGUUCUCCAUUAGCGUCCCGCAGUCCGAUCCGCCCACCAAGCCUCGUUUUACCACAGGUCUGGUGUACGAUUCUCUAAUGCAGAAGCACCAGUGCAUGUGCGGCAACACAAACAGUCACCCGGAGCACGCGGGGCGGAUCCAGAGCAUCUGGUCCCGCUUGCAAGAAACUGGACUCAGGGCUCAGUGCGAGUGCAUCCGUGGGAGGAAGGCCACUCUGGAAGAACUGCAGACGGUCCACUCGGAAGCCCACGUCCUUCUGUACGGAACCAACCCUCUCAGACAGAAACUUGAUUGUUCGGUCACGCCCAUGUUUGUGCGGCUACCGUGUGGCGGGGUGGGCGUGGACAGUGACACCAUCUGGAACGAAGUCCACUCCUCCAGCGCAGCUCGCCUCGCCGUCGGCUCUGUUGUGGAGCUGGUCUUCAAAGUGGCCACCGGGGAGCUGAAGAAUGGUUUCGCUGUGGUGCGACCUCCAGGACACCACGCCGAGGAAAGCACUCCCAUGGGCUUCUGCUACUUUAACUCUGUGGCCAUCGCUGCCAAACUGCUGCAGCAGAGACUCAACAUCAGCAGGAUCCUCAUCGUCGACUGGGAUGUUCACCACGGCAACGGCACCCAGCAGGCCUUCUACGAUGACCCCAAUGUUCUGUACCUAUCUAUUCAUCGCUACGAUGAUGGCAAUUUCUUCCCCGGUAGUGGCGCACCUGAGGAGGUGGGAAGUGGCCCAGGGGUCGGCUUCAACGUCAACGUGGCUUUCACCGGGGGGCUCGACCCACCCAUCGGAGAUGUCGAGUACCUGGCUGCCUUCAGGUCGGUGGUGAUGCCCAUCGCCAAUGAGUUUGCUCCGGAUAUCGUGCUAGUGUCCUCCGGCUUUGACGCAGUGGAAGGACACCCUCCACCUCUUGGAGGCUACAUGCUGACAUCCAAAUGUUUUGGCUUUCUGACCCGCCAGCUGAUGAGCCUUGCCGGAGGCAGGUUGGUCCUGGCUCUGGAAGGGGGUCAUGAUCUCACGGCCAUCUGUGACGCCUCAGAGGCCUGCGUCGCUGCCUUGCUGGGACAGGAGUUGGACCCACUACCCAAGGCUGUGCUGGAGAACAGGCCCAACGCUAAUGUGGUGCGCUCUCUGGAGAAGGUCCUCGAGACACACUGUAAAUAUUGGCGCUCGGUAUGUCACCAUUUGCCACAGCUGGGGCUCUCGCUUCUAGAAACCAAACGCGGUGACUCGGAGGAGGCCGAGGCCGUCAGUGCCAUGGCCUCUCUGUCGGUGGCCAACACCAACGUUGUGGAUCACAGACCAGAGGAGGAACCAAUGGAAGAGGAGGAGCCAUUGUAACCAGGUGGGGAUACGUAGCAGUGUCACGCUGUUAGCAUUGACCUCUUUGAGCCGAGGACACCUCUUUGAGCGGCCGGCAAGGAGUCUCGACUCAUCCCGUCAUUUAGUCCCCCCUGACACCGAUUGAUUGGCGGAGGGACAAGCCUCGGAGCAGGGAGCCAAUCAGGAGACAGAGGACUGAGAUGGGGGGGGGG